AUGAAUCGUUUAGAUGCAUUGGAGAAUGGCUCCAGGAGCACUACCGCGUCGCGUGCAGUAUCACUACCUUCAGAGGUUUCGAGUCGUUCCCCAAAAGGCCUACGGGCCUUUCAGUCUACGCCUGGCACGGGACGUCCGAAUACCAACCUUGAUCCUGGUGAAAUAUCUCUCAAAGGAUACCGAUUCAAUUCACCUACAGAGGGUGAAUUAGAAGAAAAACUCCCAUUUGGGCAAGAAAUCGCUAAAUCAUGGCUACAAAUGCUGUACGACAACCAAAACAGUCUAGGAAUUCUCUUACCCAUCGCCAAAGAGUUUAUGCUCACGAUACCGUCCAUCGUCGACAAUCCAUAUGUCCAAAUUGAUGUCCGCGUGCUUAUCCUUUUUUACGGCGCAUUGCACCAAGGGAUGCUUCUGAGUCCUGGAAUCGACACCCCUAAGAAAAGCGAAUACUCUACUUUUCUAUAUCGUAGGGCUUUAUGUCUUAUGGAGGACUGGCAACGCCAGGAGCAAAUCAAUGAACUGAGUUUGCAUGUUGCAUUUUGGAUGACAUUUGAAACAUAUUCGCAGUUGGACUUUGACUUGUCGCAUAGGUUGCAUCGCUGUGCAUGUGAUAUUGCACGCGCCCUUGGACUGCUUGACCUUGAUGGCGUAACUUCUCUAGCCACCAGAAGCCGGCCGGGUAAUAUGGAUUCUGUUUAUCUGGAAGUUCACAGAAUCUACUUCUGGCAGAUUCUAAUGAUGUACGACAGCCUAUUUCGGCAUAAUCUCUACAGACGGGGAAAUAUUGAGAUUGGUACCUGGAAAGUGAGUAUACCGGAUCUUUCUACGUGGCGGACCUUCAGCGAUGGUGAUCGAGAUACUGAGGUGUAUUUCGAAGUCUCGCUCCGACUGGCAAGGAUAUCACUCCGGUACUCUGAAAUGCAGGGUAAUAUGGAUUUGCGGCUAGGCAGCGAUGGGAUGCUUGAUGUGUCUGGACGGGCUGAAGUUAUGGAUCUGGUGUUGGAGGUUGAUGCUGUGCUUUCUGAGUGGAAUAUUGAACAACUACUUAUGCAAGCAUCUAUGAUUCACGCUUACCUAUAUGCGAAGUUAAUCUUGGAUGCAACUUCAAUGAUAACCUCAUUUCUCCGGAUUCAGCCUCAAAGCCCUACUUGGCCUCCAGACCAUGGUGCUGAAUUAGAAUUACACGCAGCCCGGAGAUCUAUAACAGCUGCACAGCGUUUGUUCGAGCUGGACCCAAAUGGGCCUUGUUGGCACUUAGGAUACUUCAAAAGCUACAUUACUCCUUGUAUUGGGGUUAUCUUCAACAGUAUCCUCACUGCGGACGCAGCAGAAACAAUAACGUCGAAUAUAACUCUCUCGCUACGGAUAGAUAUGAUGCUUACUGAGUGUGAGAAGAUAUGCAAGGGGCUCUCUUCCAUGAAGAGAUUUGUCCAAACAUUAAGACGCUUCUCGCACAUUUUUGUUCAACAGAAGUUUGGCGUGACACAGCCCGACCAUGGUCAAGAAGAGCCAAGCGCCUUAUCCGAAGCAAUGAAACGUGGAGUUGUGGAAGAUAUACUGGACGUUGCCUGGCAGACCAGUGAAUCUAAGAGCCCUCUGCCAGGGUCUCCCACCGCUGAAGUAUUUGGCGGGGAAGAGCUACAGUUUUUGCAUGAGCGAGGGGUUGACCUUCAACAACUAUACGAUAAUCCCUGUCAGGGGAUUAUGGAAUUAGAAAGAAGUGUAUUGACUGAACCUGAUCCCCAUUGUGGAUGGUGGACAUUUGACCAUUAG